AGGUGCACGAAUCCAAGCCCUCUGGAUGCCUAUAUAAGGUCCUCAGCACCCACCACGCAUCACCACACACUUACAAUCACAAGUAUUCCAGAUAAGCACGGUCCGUCCGAGGAGAAUGGCUCCACCGAUAUCCGCCGAUGCCUUGGUGGUGGAGGCUGCCUCGGCCAUCGCCGCGUCCCCAGCCAUCGCGCCGAACGGAAUGGUUUCCCGCAAGGACGUGGCGGCGGCGGCGGCGCCGGCCAUCUCUGUCGUCUCGAAGCAGACGGUUCGGCCUGCCGCGGGCGCGUCGGCGCCGGUCGUCGGAGGAGACCUCAGGCUCUCGGUGUCCGACAUGCCGAUGCUAUCGUGCCACUACAUCCAGAAGGGGCUGUUCUUCCCGCCUCCGCCUCCCAGCGUGCUCACGACGACGGCCUCGCUGGUGUCGUCGCUCGUGACGGCGCUCUCCCGCGCGCUCGGCGUCUUCCCGGCGCUCGCCGGCCGCCUCGUCACGCUCCACGACGACAGCAUCGUGAUACGGUGCGGCGGCGGAGGCGACGACGCGGACGCGGCCGUCGAGUUCUACCACGCCGUCGCGCCGUCCCUGUCGCUUGGCGACUUCCUAGUGCCCGGCGCCGACGUGCCGACGAGUCUCACGAAUGCGCUGUUCCCCAUGGACCGGACGGUGAGCUACGGCGGCCACGCGCGCCCGCUCUCGUCGUUCCAGCUCACCGAGCUCGGCGACGGCGCCGUGUUCGUCGGCUUCGUCGCCAACCACGCCGUCGUGGAUGGCACCUCCUUCUGGCACUUCUUCAACACGUGGGCGGGGCUGUGCCGCGGCGGCGGCGCGCCGAUCCGGGAGCCCGAUUUCCGCCGCAACUUCUUUGGCGAAUCCACCGCCGUCCUACGCUUCCCCGGAGGCGUGGGCCCGGCCGUCACGUUCGACUCCGAGGCGCCGCUGCGCGAACGAAUUCUCCACUUCAGUGCUGCCGCGAUCCGGGAGCUGAAGGCGACGGCGAACCACUCGAAAAGAACAGGUCAUCAAGACGCCGAGGCUAACGGCAAGCUCGCACAUGACGACUCCAAACUCCUCCAUGGGCGUUGUUCCGGUGAAAUCUCAUCGUUCCAAUCGCUGUGCGCGCACAUCUGGAGGGCCGUGACGCGCGCGCGGCGGCUGCUGGCGGCCGACAAGACGACGACGUUCCGUAUGGCCGUGAACUGCCGGCACCGCCUGCGCCCGGCGAUCUCCCCGCUCUACUUCGGCAACGCGAUCCAGAGCGUGGCGACGACGGCGACCGUGGCCGAGCUGGCGUCCAACGACCUGGGCUGGGCGGCGGCGCGGCUGCACGCCACCGUGACGUCGCACGAGGACGGCGCGAUCCGGCGCGCCGCGGCGGAGUGGGAGGCCGCGCCCCGUUGCUUCCCGCUGGGCAACCCCGACGGCGCGGCGCUCACCAUGGGGAGCUCGCCUCGGUUCCCGAUGUACGACGGGAACGACUUCGGGUGGGGCCGCGCGCUCGCCGUGCGGAGCGGACGCGCGAACAAGUUCGACGGCAAGAUGUCCGCGUUCCCCGGCCAGGCGGGGGACGGGAGCGUCGACGUGGAGGUGUGCCUCGCGCCAGACACCAUGGCUCGUCUCCUCCUCGACGAGGAGUUCUUGCAGUACGUGUCCUCCCCUGCACCGUGAUACGGUGACAGAGAGAAAGCGUCUGAUGUGUGCCAUGUUGCUGCGCAGCUCCUGGAUUUGUACCCUUCCAGAAGACAUCAAGUGUUUGUCAGCUUGAAUGAGAGUUUGAGUGACCAUGUAGAGAUGCUGUUCUGCUGUUUCCUUCGUGAUGAUGCCGUUGUAGGCUAGCAGCACUAGUUAUGGCCUCCGAGCAGCGGUGCAAAAACGGUUAUGAUAGGCGGAUAUGGUUUUUAGGUCCGUUUAGAACGUGGAUUUUUUCUUUUUUGAGUCAAGGAUUUCUCAUGUUAAACUCAUGUUAAAUUAAGUUGUAUUCUUGUGAAAUAGACAAGGACAGUGAUAGAUACUUGUAUA